GAGAGAGGGAGAGUCGUAAGUCAUAAACUCGCGGAACCAACCGCUUCGCAUUUUAAACUGCCUCCCGUGUAUUAUAAAUACAUGAAUAAAUAUAAUACUUUGUUCUGGUUUUUCAAUUUCAAUUAUCAAAAACAAAGGAAUUCAAUUGAAUUCAAUUCGUUUCCGCGUUGGGAUUUGGAGAUAUUUGGAUUUGGAUUCCUUCUCUCUCUGCUUAAUCCUUCCCUCUCUUUCUUUUCCUUUUUCCCCCACCGAACUCAUCGCUAUUAAAUUCACUCUGUUUCUCUCCAGCUAGAAAUCUUUUUAACGGAAUCAAUCAACCGUUCCUUCUAUUUCACGCCAUUUCUCUGUAACCGUUUUCUCUCUCUAAAAAUGAAAGUUCUCGCUAUGCUCCGUUCCGGUGCAUUUCCCUGUUCAUUCUGAUUCUCUCUGUCCUAUGCAUCACCUUUGUUGUGUUUCCACCGUCUCCGACCAUUCAUCGACCAAGUCCUUAACCAUGGCAAUCACAUCUAGAUCCGACCCGAUUACCCGAUCCAUCUUUGCCGUCCAUAAUCACCACUCUCAUUUCCUGAACCAUCUCAGCCACGACCACAACGUAAGUGAUUGUAAUGACAGCAAUCUCAUCAGCAAUAGUAAUCGGCCCAGCCAGCGAAGCUUGGCGGCUGCUUUGGCGGUUAAGACGGUGUCGUUGCCGCGAGAGCAGCAGGUUGAUGUGAGGAUAAAUGAUAUAGUUGGGAAUGGAAUAUCGGGCAUUCUGCAUAAGUGGGUGAAUUACGGGAAAGGGUGGAGGCCUAGAUGGUUUGUUUUGCAGGAUGGUGUGUUAUCGUAUUAUAAGAUUCAUGGACCUGAUAAGAUCGUCGUCAAUCGAGAGACGGAGAAAGGAUCCAAAGUCAUCGGGGAAGAAUCUAUGAGAAGGAUUUCGAGGCCUAACAACGGAAACAGUCAGUUCAGACGCAUUCCAGUCGGCGAAAUCCAUCUCAAGGUGUCAUCGAUCCGCGAGAGCAGAUCAGAUGAUAAGAGAUUCUCGAUAUUCACUGGCACGAAGAGGCUCCAUUUGAGAGCGGAGACGCGGGAGGAUCGUUUGGCGUGGAUGGAGGCAUUGCAGGCGGUGAAGGACAUGUUCCCUCGCAUGUCCAAUAGCGAACUAAUGGCUCCGAUAGAUAACGUGGCCGUCUCAACGGAGAAGCUGAGGCAGCGGCUUCAGGAGGAGAGCGUAAGGGAGGAGGCAAUCCAGGAAAGCGAGCAGAUUAUGAGGAGUGAAUUUGCAUCGCUGCAGAACCAGAUUGUGCUGCUCAAGCAGAAGCAAUUGCUCCUUAUCGACACCCUCCGCCAGUUAGAGGUACAUGUAAUGAAAAAUAGGAAAGAACAUGGCAUUCGAAUUCGGAGUUUUUGUACUGCUACUACUACUUCUACUUCCCCUUCUUCCUCUGCUUCUGCAGUUUCUCCUACUUUGCAGAAUUUGUUAUUGAGAUACAAGAAUGAUAUAGAAGGGAUGCCCAGUUUGCAUGCAUACACAGAAAAGGUUGACCUGGAAAAUACAGUAGUUGAUGAGAGUCAAAGACAGUUCAAUGAUCAAGUGGCUUCUUCUAUCUUAAGACGUGACAAGUCCAGUGAAGCAAGUGCAACUGAAUCUGAUUAUGAGAAUGAAAGAGUUGAUGCUGCAGAGGAAGAAACCGAUGAUGAUGAGAAUACCUUCUUUGAUACUCGUGACUUUCUGUCAUCAGGUUCCUUCAAAAGUAGUGGAUCUGAUUUUAGGACAUCAUCUUUCUCUUCUGAUGACGGAGGGCUUUAUGCACUUGAAUCAGAAGAUGAUACCGAUCCUUCCAUUAGAUCUGUUGGGAAAGAUUAUCCUUAUGUUAAGCGGCGUAAGAAGUUACCUGACCCAGUUGAGAAAGAAAAAGGUGUUAGCCUUUGGUCCAUGAUCAAGGAUAAUAUUGGGAAGGACCUCACCAAAGUUUGUCUUCCGGUUUACUUUAAUGAACCUCUCUCUUCUCUGCAAAAAUGUUUUGAAGAUUUGGAAUACUCUUACCUCCUUGAUCGGGCAUAUGAAUGGGGAAGAAGGGGUAAUAGCCUUAUGAGGAUUCUUAAUGUUGCUGCUUUUGCUGUAUCUGGAUAUGCUUCAACUGAGGGAAGAAUUUGCAAACCAUUUAAUCCAUUAUUAGGGGAAACAUAUGAGGCUGACUAUCCAGACAAAGGCCUCCGAUUUUUCUCUGAGAAGGUCAGUCAUCACCCCAUGAUUGUUGCAUGUCAUUGUGAGGGUAAAGGAUGGAAAUUUUGUGGAGAUAGUAAUCUAAAGAGCAAAUUUUGGGGUCGUUCAAUUCAGCUUGAUCCUGUUGGUGUUUUGACAUUGGAAUUUGAUGAUGGAGAAGUUUUUCAAUGGAGCAAGGUUACGACAUCAAUAUACAAUCUUAUAUUGGGAAAAUUGUACUGUGAUCACUAUGGCACAAUGCGAAUAGAGGGAAAUCGUGAAUAUUCAUGCAAACUGAAAUUUAAGGAACAGUCCAUCAUAGACCGAAAUCCUCACCAGGUACAUGGGGCAGUUCAAGGCAGGAAUGGUAAAAGAGUGGCAACUCUUUUUGGAAAGUGGGAUGAGAGCAUGCAUUACGUGAAUGAUGACUGCCCUGUUAAGGGAAAAGGAUUUGAAUCUCUAAAAGAUGCCCAUCUACUAUGGAAGCGAAGCAGGCCUCCCAAAUUUCCCACCAGAUAUAACUUGACACGCUUUGCCAUAACAUUGAAUGAACUUACUCCAGGACUUAAGGAAAAGUUGCCACCUACAGAUUCAAGGCUUAGGCCAGAUCAAAGGCACUUGGAAAAUGGUGAAUUUGAGAUGGCAAAUUUAGAGAAAUUGCGACUCGAGCAGCGCCAACGCCAGGCCCGGAAAAUGCAAGAGAGUGGAUGGAAGCCGCGGUGGUUUGUAAAGGAUAAAGGAAGUGAUUCAUAUCGUUAUGUUGGCGGAUAUUGGGAAGCCAGGCAACAAGGAAAUUGGGAGUCAUGUCCUGAUAUAUUUGGCCAAGUCCCUCCUGAUCAGCUGCUUGAUUAAAGUUCAACCGCCAUCAAUUCUUUUCCAAUUUUUUUGGGGGCAUAUAGCGGAUAAGUGCUGGUGUGUGCAGUUAAGGUGCCCCAUGAAAUCCCCGCAAGUAAAUUAAGAUCCGAUAAUAAAAGAUAUAUUCUUUUCUUUUGUUUUUAAUCACCCUCUGCCGGGCCAUAUUCAUUUGGUGAUACUGGGCAUGCUUUUCAAUUAUCUUGAAUUGCAAGUCAAGCCGCAACUUCCUGAAAUCAUUUGGCGCAAUAUCAUGGGCAAUUUAAGAGACAAUAUGAAGUGGUAUAGCACCUAUUUCCUGUUAUUGUACAUGGUGGGGCAUUACAAAUGGUUGUUGCUUGCUCCAUGUUGGUCUGUUUCCCAAUUUUUGAAGGCUUAUGUAGUUUAAUGUACUCGUUUUAAUGGUAAGCAAAAUAGCUUCUUUUUUUUU